GCCAAAGGUGGUGGUUUGGCUGUUUUUCAACGUGGUGCCUCAAAGACCGCCGAUCCCACCACCAAGCAGAAUGAGCAAUGGCAAGGACGACCCGAGCUUCGCCGGUAUUUCAUCGAAGAACAGAACUACUGACAACUGGCCUUGGGUCGAGAAGUACCGCCCGUCGUCGCUCGACGAUUUGAUUGCACAUGCAGACAUCAUUUCGACACUGAAUCGGUUGAUCGAUGCGCAAAAGCUGCCUCACUUGCUAUUCUAUGGACCUCCGGGUACUGGGAAGACGUCCAUGAUCCUGGCCGCGGCCCGGCGUCUGUAUGGGAACAACUAUGCGUCUAUGGUUCUCGAACUCAAUGCGUCAGACGAUCGCGGGAUUAAUGUCGUACGCGAUCAAAUCAAAGAGUUUGCCGGCACGAAGAAGCUGUUUUCGUCCGGCAUCAAGUUGAUCAUUCUCGACGAAGCCGACGCCAUGACAAACGACGCCCAAUUUGCGUUACGCCGAGUGAUCGAAAAGUACACCAAGAAUGCACGUUUCUGCUUGAUCUGCAACUACGUGAGCAAGAUCAUCCCCGCACUGCAGUCGCGAUGCACGCGCUUUCGGUUUUCGCCGUUGGCCGAGCAUCAGGUCAAAGACCGCGUCGAGCACAUUGCGAAACUCGAAAAGUACAUUUUCGUCGUUCUGAAUACAUUUCGUCACAUGUUUCCCAGAGUUGACAUGACUCCCGAUGGCUUCCAAGCAGUGCUGCGACUGGGCGGUGGCGACAUGCGUCGGAUUCUGAACAUUCUGCAGGCCACCAACAUGGCCCACGACGUCGUCAACGAAACGAAUGUCUACCUUUGCACGGGGAAUCCCCUCCCAUCCGACAUCGACGCCAUGUGCAACUGGCUCUGGACUGACUCGUUCGAGUCAUGCGUCAAGCAGUGCCUGGACCUCCAGAAGCUCAAGGGGUACGCGACGAUGGAUCUGCUCCAGCAGGUGUACUUGAACGUGACUGAACUGGAACUCCCGCCCGCUGCACGCAUGUUCAUCCACGACCAGUUGGCGCACUUGGAGCACCGGCUGGCCACUGGAACGUCCGAAGUCUUGCAGCUCAUGUCGCUCGUCUCCAUAUUUAUCUCGGCCCGCAAGCUCAUCUCGGACACCAAGUAGCCAUGUAGCUGAAGUUGAAUUUCAGACAACCGACCUGUUUUUUCUAAAAUUUGGAAUGAAUUCCGUUCAACUUGUGCA